AUGGGUUCUCACGCCGAGAACAUUGCCAAGCUUCAGCAGUACACUGCGUGUGAUAUCUCAGAUGCCCUCCUAAAGCUCAAGGUGCCCGGUGCCGGCUUCAUUGCCGACCUUGACCUCUACAGCCACCCGGAGAGCAAGCCGGCUUCGGUUACCAUCGCUCCAGUCUCGACAGUCUUGUUCGCUCGCAAAGGAGAAGAUCUGCCAGAGCCAAAGAACAUUCCCAGCGGUGUUCACUGGGCUGAUCUGACACAACCAGGAACGAUUGUUGUUCUCAAGCAGCCAGAGGGUCAGAAGAAUGCCGUCUGCGGUGGUAUUAUGGCAGUUCGCAUGAAGGUGUGCCAAGCCAAGGGCAUUAUCGUGGCUGGGCGCGCCAGGGAUAUCGAGGAACUCAAGAGCACCUCCUUGCCUAUUUGGGCCCGUGGAUUGUCCACUGUCGGAGCCGGUGGCGGAAGUGUGCCCUGGGCCACCCAGGUACCUCUGGACAUUGACGGAACCCUCGUGUCUCCAGGCGACCUGGCAUUUAGCGAUCCAAUCAACGGGGUGGUCGUCAUCCCUCAGGACAAGGUGUCUGCGGUGGUCGAAUUGCUGCCCAGGCUGACGUCGGCCGACGACAAGGUCAAGGAGGAUGUUCUCAAGGGGGUGACAGUCUACGAGGCCUUUAAGCUACACCGAAGUAACCUGUGA